AUGAGAUUUAUCGCUUCCCUCGUCAUUUUGGCUUUGAUCGCCAGCGUUGCCUAUGCUCAAACUCAACACUGUAUCAGCAAGGCCUUUAUCACCUCCUCUGUUGUUGUUGAUGCCAGCAAGGCUUUCGAUGAUAUUGAAAGAGUUUGGUUCGAUGCUACCACCAACAAGCAAAGAACCGAUGUUGAAGCCUUCUCUCCAGUUCGUAGAAGUGUUUCCCUCUACUUUAGACAUGAUUUGCAAAAGGGUUACGAAUAUAACAAGAUCACUGGUGAAUGCAGAUCCUUCCCAAUUGGUGGUACUUUGCAACCAUUCUGUCUUGCUCAAAAUGCUGUCUUGAACGGAACUGUCACCAUUGGUGGAUCUUUGAAGUGCACUGUCUGGAAUGAAAACCUUCGUGGUUUCAAUGUUAGAUUGGUUUUGGCUCCAAACCCAAGCUUUGGUAUUCCAGUCAACGUGAUCACUAAGGGUGGAAGAGUUGGAACUGCUUUCCAAGAAUUCUUCAACUUCCAAGCUUAUAACACUUUGCAAGAUCAAUCCGUUUUUGAUAUCCCAACUUCAUGCAACCGUGCUACUAGAUCUGCUGCUGAAGUUUCUGAACUUGCUUUGGAUGUCAUGGAAAGACAUGCUUGGUUGAAUUAA